AAUGGAAGGAGACUAACAGACAACAACACGUUAAACGUAUACAACUAUUAUCAGCUUGGGGUGGAUAUUAAGGUUGGUAUUACAGCAAGUGAUGGUGACGAGUACAACAAACACUCCCAGCACACUGUAGUUGUUAUUAUCAGCGGGUCAGCACACUCCAUCCCGUCCAUAAGGUAAAUGUCUGCAUCGAGACACUAAUGGAGCACCAACCUUCAGAAGCUGUACUUCACCAAGCACUGUAGUGGGCCUUAUACGUCACGGGCCUCUACUUCCAAGGGCACGACAAGGCAUACAAUGAGUGUUCGCCGAAGUAGAGAUGACUAUGAGGACUUUCAGGACAGAGGAACAGAGGAAUCGGCUCCUCCCCAAUCACCUCCUCCUCCUAACAAUCUUGACCCGGGGGCGCACAUUGAGAUGUCAGCUGCUGUGUCAGGGGUCGUGCCUGAUGACACCUUUACUGUCGACCAAGCUGUCAAUGCCCUGGGCUUUGGAAAAUUUCAAGUGAAGUUGUCCCUCAUCACUGGCCUGUGUUGGAUGGCAGACUCGAUGGAAAUGAUGAUCCUGGCUAUCCUUGGGCCAGCACUGCACUGUGACUGGCACUUGUCAGAGUGGCGGCAAGCAUUCCUCACCACUGCUGUCUUUAUUGGUAUGAUGCUGAGCUCUGCCUUUUGGGGCCAUCUGUCAGACAAGUAUGGGAGAAAGCGAUCUCUGAGACUGGCAGCGGUGAUGCUCGCCUACUGGGGUCUUUUGAGUGCCUUUGCACCAACCUAUAGCUGGAUAGUGCUUCUGCGGGGCCUCGUGGGAUUUGCAAUUGGCUGUGUCCCUCAGUCUGUGACACUGUAUGCUGAGUUUCUUCCUGCACAUCAAAGAGGAAAAUGUGUUGUUCUCCUUGAUUGUUUCUGGGCAGUGGGAGCAUGUGCUGAGGUGAUCCUGGCGCUGUGGGUCAUGCCGCACCUUGGUUGGAAUGGACUCUUGGCUCUCUCCAUAAUUCCACUGGUGCUCUUUGUCAUUGUUUGCGAGUGGCUCCCUGAGAGUGCUCGGUUUGAUGCUACAUCUGGAGACUCUGAGAAGGCGCUAGCAACUCUGCAGAAGAUUGCUGAUGAAAAUGGCAAGCCAAUGUUGCUUGGCCGCCUAAUUGUAGAUGAUGUGGCACAGAUGAAUCGUGGCCGCAUCAGGGAUCUGCUAGUGCAGGAUCUGAAGUGGACCACCCUGCUUCUCUGGUUCAUCUGGGCCUCAUGUGCUUUCUGCUACUAUGGCGUUGUCCUAAUGACUACAGAACUCUUUGAAGCACCAGAAGGCAGCCUAUGUACCUUAUCUGGCGCAGAUGAAUCCUUCACUUGCACAGCAAACUGCAGACCUCUCAGCUCCCAAGACUACCUGGACCUACUCUUGACCACUUUGGCAGAGUUCCCAGGUAUUUUGUUCACUAUUGUGGUUAUUGAGCGUCUGGGCAGGAAGACAACCAUGGCUUUUGAAUUUGUGGUGUUUGUUGUUUCUAUAAUUUUUCUCUUCAUCUGCACUUCCAGUCGUGGAUGGCUGACUUACAUCCUGUUCGUGGCACGUGGAAUCAUCUCGGGUGUCUUCCAGGCAGCCUACGUCUACACCCCAGAGGUAUAUCCCACGUCCCUACGAGCGGUAGGUGUUGGCACGUGCUCUGGAAUGGCUCGCUUUGGUGCCAUGCUCACCCCUGUUGUGGCGCAGGUCCUCACUCGCACCUCCAUUCACUUGGCUACAGCAACAUAUGGUAUUGUGGCAAUUCUGGCCAUUGCUGCAGCCCUCAUGCUGCCCAUCGAAACACGUGGUCGAGCCAUGGCCUAGUGUCAUGGCCAGUGAUGGUACAUGUUCGGUCUUGUAUAACAUAUGUACAUAUGUGUAUCCAUCUAUAUACCUGGCUGGCAUCCUCCUUAUUGGGGAGUGGGUAGCCAAAGCAAGAUAUCUACAUAGUGCAUUGUUUCAUCUUUGGAAUAAGAACACACAGGAAGGGUUCCCAAGCUUCUCCUUGAAGUCAUCUUUCAUUCAGUAUGGUGCAAAUAUUUUUCCAGUUUAUGUGAAAAAUAAGAAAUAUUGAUUUUGAUACCUAUGAACACAUGUGGAAGGCAGAAGAGGCAAUGGUAGUGAAAGGAUAAGAAGCACAAAUGAUGGCAGAGGAGGUAGGCUGGUGAAGAUGUUAAAGCAUCUCCAACCGUGAAUUCCUCCAUAGUGUAUGCUCACAACUUUGUUUUAAGUGUUUACUUGUAUUUAACAGUUGCAUACAUAUUAUUAUAUUAUAACUUACAGACUCAUACGUAUCAUCUGAAUCUGUGAGUUUCAUAUGGUCUUUUGUGGAAGUUGAAGGCUACAUAUUUCAUAAAAAUGGAACCUUGUCCUGGAAAAAGAAAACCAUCUUUCCUUUUCAUAUGCAAUUAUCUUGUGUGAAUUUAGCACUUAACUUGAAUACUUGAUGCAUAUUCUUUUCAUGAACUACUUUUCAUCAAAGCUUUGUCUCUUUCUCUUUCAUAAUCACAUUCUGGUUGAAAGUCUGUGCUGGAGUCAAGUCAGAAUGCUCCAAGGCAGUCAUCGGCUUUAUGCAAUUUGCCCAUAAAACUUUUGAGAUAAUUUUAUGUUUGUACAUGUUUCAGUUAACUAUAAAAUUUCCUUCCAUGUUUCUUAGCUUUGAAGAAGCCUCACAGCAUCCAGCUUUAAGUGUGUUCAAGAUUGUAUUGUGAGCUCAGUAAAUAUUUGGAUGACAGUUCAUUACCUCUACAACAAAAGUUUAUAACUUAAGAACUGUUGUAUUCUAGAUUAAUAUGUAAACUAAGAUGCUUUAUUUAAAUUUUUUUAUACAUAAUAUAUUUAUUGUUGGCCAA